ACAAUUCCAGAAUUGUCCCCCCUUAGGCUUUUUAAGUCCACAAAAUCCCCAAUACUGCGAGGUUAGGGUUUCGCCCAGAUCUCCUUUGGACUAGUAAAUUGAAAUUUCGGAUCAAAAGGAUCUUGUUUCGAGCACUGAAAAAUGGCGACUGAACAGAAAGCUGCAACCGAAGACGUUAAGAUGGACCUCUUCGAGGAUGACGAUGAAUUUGAAGAGUUUGAGAUCAAUGAAGAGUGGGAGGACAAGGAGGAAGGCAAGGAGGUCACAGUAACACAACAGUGGGAAGAUGAUUGGGAUGAUGAUGAUGUCAAUGAUGACUUCUCAUUGCAGCUGAGGAGGGAACUGGAGAAGAACACCGAGAAAAACUAAGUUCCUAAUAUGUUGAUGUCUCUCAGUACCAUCAUUUGUAAUGGAGUAUCAGUUAGUUUUUUGAACUCAAGUUGGUCUUUCCAUAUGAUUAGCAUGGAGAAGAAUAUGUGAACUAUUAAAAUCAGAAGCUCAGUUCAAAUUUUAAGAUCCGGAAUUUAGACCUUUUUAUUUGUGUACAACUUUGAUUUAAUGCUAAGGUUUCUUUCUCAA